CUCGAGGCCUAGGCAAGACUGCAUGUAUAUUUUCUGCGCGCGUAAAUUGUGUACAGGCAAGCUAGCUGUAUGCGAUUUACACACACGUUUUCUCAUAGGCCUGACACGAAAAGCCGCUGCCCCUGUGUUUUGAAUGGGGAUUCUAUCGGAAGAAUACAUGUCGGCAUUGAUCAGAGAACCAAACUACUAACUACACACAAACAAGGAUAGCAGUGAUCAGUAGGAUACAAGGCUUGGAGAGAAAAGGAUGAAUACCUCUGAUCCUCCAAGUCAACUUCAUCCACCGCCACCUCUUCACAGAGAGCCAGCUGAAGGAAGCAGCCUUCCUACCAUGCAGGCGAUGGGAAACUCUUCACCAUCAAAGCUCCUCGGCAUUGCCUCUACUGAGAAGCCCAUUUCUGCUGUAGGCCACAGUCACAUUCCGGUCAAGUCGAUCCCAGGCCCUACCCAUCAUAAGAUUGCACAACCUAUGCGCCAAUCUGAGCCAGCACAGACACUCCACCAUACAUUCCCAAGCGGUCCUCAAUUGACGGACUUGGCUCAAAAGCCUACUCAGCAGUCCCUCUCAUUAUCGGUAGUAGAGCAUGUUGUGCUGCAGGAACAAUCGACUCUAAAGGCAUCUCAGAAAGUAGUUCCAACUCCAGACCUGUCUGGUUCUCCCAUCAAAAUGCCAAUUACCAGUGCAUCACCUCUGCCUUCAGAAUCUCUAGGACAGGAGUCUCCUUGUAAUGCAUCUCAGAAAGAAGUUUCAACUCCAGAUCUGUCUGGUACUCCUGUUAAAAUUCCAGUCACCAGUGCAUCAUUGCCACCUUCAGAAUCUUUAGGACAGGCUACUCCAGAACCUUUGGGGGAUAUCCCAGUGAAAGGUACACCACCUGAACUGAUGUGCACUCCGACCAAACAGAGUUCAAUUAUUCCAACACCUCCUUCUGACCCUGGACCCAUUGAAACAUCAGAGACAGCAUCACCAGAGAUAAAGAUUAAAAUCAAGAAGACGGUUAGCAGAGGAAAACCAAGCCUUACUUCAACGUUGCUCAGCACUGAUGAAUCUCCUCAGAAGACAUCACCAAGCGGAAGUGACACUGAGUCAGCUACUUACACAAAGCGCAAUCUGAUGGCCAGUGUUGAAAGAGAGCUGCCCAUUGACCCAACACCUACCAAACCUCCAACUGUAGCUCAGAGGAGAGAUACAGUAAAGGCUGCCAAAGGAAGCAGCCUCCCAAUUCCAAAGGGCCACUACAUUAAGCAACCCCUUCCAAUCAAUGAUGAAAAGCCAUGUGAAUGGCUUGUUGGAGAUCUGGUUUGGUCUAAAGUUAGCGGACAUCCAUGGUGGCCUUGUAUGGUAGCAUAUGACCCAAACCUGGGGAUUUACACAAGAAUGAAAGGAUCCAUUGGGAAAGCCUAUAGAAUGUACCAUGUGCAGUUCUUUGGAGAGGUCCCAGAGAGAGGCUGGGUGAGUGGAAGCAGCAUGAAAAAGUUUUCAGGACGUGACCAAUAUGAUUCAUUAGUAGAAGAGAUGGUCAGCAAAGUUCGAAAAGCAGAGAGAUCUCGCAUGCUAUCCAAACUAGCAGUGAAACCCUGUAGGAGAAAUGCUUGGGAUGCUGCCAUUUCAGAAUGCGAGAGGGCGCUUCCAAUGAGUAGACAUGAACGUAAACUCAAUUUCACUUUCAAGUAUGAGAUGCCUAAGGCAGGCCCUGCUGGUGAACAGAUUGAUGUUGUGUCACUAGGGGAUUCCCCAAAGAUGAAAGCCAAGAGGGCUUACAAGAAACAGAAAGAAGAUGCUCCAACCCCCGAUGCCAGUGGGGAUGCACUACCGCAGAGCAAACAAACCCCAGGAACAACUAAGAAAGCUAAAUAUGAGCCUGAUACACCUAAGAGAAAAAGAGGUCGGAAGACCAGUCAGUUCUUAGAGUUCUCCAAACAGUACAAGAAAGAGAUUGUGAAGGAACAUCCUGGUAUUGGCCAAAGGGAAAUCUAUGAGAAACUGCAGGAUAAAUGGGAAGGUUUGUCAGAAGAAGAUAAGGAGAAGUUUAACACCAAGCCUGUCACCCCACCUUCCACUAAGAGAGAGAGGAAGCGAAAGAGUCCUCCAGAGCAGGAUACCCAGACAGCCCCUGUGAAGAGGUCCAAGCGGGAAUCAAAACCAUCCAAGAAACUCCAAGAAGCUGAUCUCUCCAGCCUUGGCUUUUCCCCAAAGGUUGUGGCUUCAAUCAAGAAAUAUAGCGAAGCUUCUCAGUCAGAAUCCACUAGUUCUGAUGGACUUCUGUCCCCAUCAAGAGAAGCAGUCCCUCCAAAGAAGGGCAGAGGACGACCAUUAGGUGCCUUGCAGUCUCUUCCUAGCAAAGAGCCUUCAAUCACCAAGCAGUCAAGGCCAAGGAAGAGCUUGCCAGCUCCUGAAGACACUAAACCAGCUAAGAAAAGGAGGGGAAAGCAGGAAGAAACUCCCAUGGAGACCAGCUCUAAACCUGAUGGGAUAACAUCAGAUAUGAGCCAAGACUUUGCUGAGAUGCAAGAGGAGGAUGAUGAGGGCGGUCUCAUAAUCGAUACAGACAUCAUUGCUGAUGCUAUCCAGUCUGUGACUGAUCGUCAAAAAGGCAACCCUCCUAGUGUUGCCAGUUCGGAGACUUCAUCUCAGCAUGGAGGGAGUACUACCGGUAGCUCUAGCGGAGCUGGGAAAGAACGACCAACAGCAGGUAGUGGAGCUGCUAGGAAAGAAAAUGUCUGCCAGGUUUGUGAAAGAACCGGUCAGUUGCUUCUCUGUGAGGGAGGAUGCUGUGGAGCCUUCCACCUGGACUGUAUAGGACUUCAGGUGGCGCCCACUGGCUCAUUCCGAUGUGAUGAAUGCAUAUCAGGUGUUCAUUCUUGCUUUGUGUGCAAACAAUCUGACCAGGAGGUCAAGAGAUGUCAUGUCCCUGUCUGUGGUAAAUACUAUCAUGAGGAUUGCAUCCGUCGAUUCCCACUCACCAGGUUUGAUAAUCGUGGCUUCACCUGUCCCCUUCAUGCCUGCGUAGCAUGCUUUGCUGAUAAUCCGAAGAGCACCAAAGCAUCAAGAGGUCGUUUGAUGCGUUGUGUCCGCUGCCCUACAGCCUACCAUCAGGGGGAUAUUUGCAUAGCGGCUGGCAGUAUCGUCUUGGCUGCAAACUCCCUCGUCUGUAGUCGUCAUUUCCAAGCAAUCAAAUCACAAAAGCACCAUACCCAUGUUAGCGUGAGCUGGUGUUUCACCUGUUCAUUGGGUGGUGAUCUGAUAUGCUGUGAGAGUUGUCCUGCAGCAUACCAUCCUAAGUGUCUAGGUUUAGAUUCUGUACCAGAAGGAAGCUGGUUUUGUAGAGACUGUGUCAACGGGAAGAGACCGCGCUAUGGGGAUAUCAUCUGGGUCAAACUAGGCAAUUACAGAUGGUGGCCUGGCCGUGUGUGCAACCCGAAGGAUGUCCCUCAGAACAUCCAAGACAAGACUCACAUUGUAGGAGAGUUUCCUGUACAGUUCUUUGGAUCCAAUGAUUACUUCUGGACCCAUCAGGGAAGAGUCUUUGAGUACCAGGAAGGUGACAAGGGAAGCAGGGAUACUGCUAACUCCAAGAGACUGGCUGCUCACUUUAGUCUAGCUUUGAAGGAAGCAUCACAGAAAUACAAAAUCUGGAAAGAAUCUAAAGAGCAGAAAAUUGCUAAAGAAAUAGAACACAGCAACAAGAAACCAGCACCAUUCAAGUUCAUCAAGACAAAUCGUCCUGUAGGUAAUGUAGUAAUGCCAGCGUUUGAUAUCACCCAAUGUCAAGCUUGUGAAUGUCGUCCUGAUAUGGAGAAUCCAUGUGGACCUGAUUCAGAUUGCCUCAAUAGAAUACUCCUCAUUGAGUGCCACCCACAGAUCUGUCCUGCCAAAGAGAAAUGCCAGAAUCAAAGAUUUCAGAAGAGAGCGUAUCCUGAUGCAGUUCAGACCAAGGUCAAUCAUAGAGGAUGGGGUCUCUUAUCUAUGGUUGAUAUUAAAAAGGGCGAUUUCGUCAAUGAGUACGUGGGCGAGCUGGUUGAUGAGGAGGAAUGCAGACGUCGGAUCAAGCAGGCCCAUGAAGAGAACAUCACAGACUUCUAUUUCCUAACCCUUGAUAAAGAUCGUAUCAUUGAUGCUGGUCCUAAGGGUAACCUGUCUCGAUUUAUGAACCAUUCAUGUCAACCUAACUGUGAGACCCAGAAAUGGACAGUGAAUGGAGACACGAGAGUCGGGCUCUUUGCAAUCAGGAACAUUGCUGCAGGUGAGGAGAUAAGUUUCAACUAUAAUCUAGAUUGUCUUGGGAAUGAGAAGAAAAGAUGUGAAUGUGGUGCUUCAAACUGCAGUGGAUUCAUUGGGGUCAGGCCUAAGACUGCUGCUGCAGCGGCUAUGGAGGAGAGAUCUAAACAAGCCAAAGACAAAAAGAAGAAACGGAAGAAGAACAAACUAGGUAUCCCCAAGGUCAAGCAUGAGGAUUAUUGUUUCAGAUGUGGUGAAGGUGGGGAGCUUAUCAUGUGUGAUGUCAAGACAUGUCCUAAAGCAUAUCAUCUAGAUUGCUUAGGUCUACAGAAACAACCAUAUGGUAAAUGGCAGUGUCCUUGGCACCAUUGUGACGUCUGUGGCAAGGGUUCCGUCAAGCUAUGUGAAGUGUGCCCGAACUCCUACUGCAAGCUCCACUCAAGCAACACCACCGUCAUCAUCAACGACAAGGUCUUCUGUCAAGAGCAUGACCUGGAGGACAUUGAGAAGAUGGAGGACGAGAAGGCUCGGCUGGCCCUGCUCAAGAUGGAAGAAGAUCUCGCUAAGAUGAUGCAACAAGUCAAGGCUGAGGAGGAGAAGGCUGAGAAGAAGAAGAAGCGACACAAACAUAAAAAGGAGUCCGGGGAUGAGAGUGAUAAAAAAAACAAAGACAAUAAGAAGAUGAAGAAGGAAGAUAAAUCUUCGGACGGAGGUGAAGUGGUUAAGAAAGAAAGAAAAAAGCAUAAGAGAGACAAAGGGGAUACGGAUGAGAAACCGAAGGUUAAUGGUAUCCAUAGUGAUGAACCAGAGGUUAAAGUUGAGCCAGUGGAAAUUCGGCCUGCAGAACCAGAAGCAAGCUCAGAUCCUGUUGAUGGCGUGAGCCUGAUUACAUUUGAUGAUGACGACAGCGAAGCGGAACUGGUUAUCGAUGAAAGUGUGGUUGAGAGAAGGACAACGGAGAAGAAAGCCAAAGUGGAGGAAGGUGUGGAGGUCUCGGGUGAUGCACAGGAAGGUUCAAGUCAUAAAAAGAAGAAAAAGAAAGAGAAGAAACACAAAAAGGACAAAGAAAACAAAAGAGACAAAAAAGAUAAAGAAAGGGAGAAGGCCUCUAGGAGAGAGAAGAAACAUGAAGUAACAAACACAGCACCUACAAUGGUCAAUGGUUCUCUAGAAAAUAAUUGAUGAAAUCAAAUUAUAUAUUAUGUUUUCUUCUCACUCAGUUUUUUGGAUUUUGAUGAGGUAACCCCUAAUUUUUUAAUUGUCACAAUCAAUGCAUUAUUUGAACCAUUUUAUAGUUUGCUUGCCCUAAGACCCCUUCUUUAACCCCCUUCUCUCUUUCUCUCCAUAUUUUCCUUUGCCUUUUUCUUUCUCUAUCUCUCUUAUUCAGUUUUAGUUAUUAAGACUGAAAAUUUUAUUUUUGCUUAUUUCUUUAAAUUGUAUAUUUUGCAUUCAAAAGUCGCUUUUCUGUUUUAUAUUAUUAUUUUGGUCAUGUAUAUUCUAAUUUCUCACUUUCCCACAUAUUCUUAGACCACGCUUCUUGCAACCUGCACCUCGACCCCUCCCCUAACUUGAUAAUGUCAUUGUAGUGUUAGUGAUAUAUUUUCUGUCACCCUUUGUAAUGAUGCCAAAUUCUGUUCGAAAUUGAAUGUCCAUUUCAAUAACAAGAUAUAGGAUACAAAACGUGUUUAUUAAAUGUAAGUUUAAUAAUGUUUUCAAAUCGGAUAAAACAGGAAUGGAAUACAAUGAAAGUCAUAAAUGUGUAAUGGAGCAUAAGUGGUGAAACUAUAUCCAGAAUUAUGUCUACAUGGGCGAUGAUAUGUUGGCCUAGGUAGGAUUUCAUCAAGACUUAAUAUUUUCAAAUGAUUUUUUUUUCAAAUUGAGGUAUCUAAGUGACACAUUCUUUUAAUUCGUUCCCUUUUCCAUUAAAAUAGAAUUGAGUGAAUAAAUAGAUUGAAUUAUAAACAUGGGUAAUACUGAAUUCAGUUUAUAUCAUUAUGGUUGAACUAUAUACCAUAUAUUUCAUAUUCUGUUAAAUGGAAGUACAGUUAUUCAGCAAUAUUCAGUUAAUGAUUUUGAUUGUUAUAUAUUUGAAUACAAUGGUUGUUAAUCAUAUUCACAAUGUGAAUUAUGUGAAACAGACAUGAAUUGAUAAUUAUUAUAUUCUGAAGAACUUUCAAACAGAGAAAGAAUUCAAUUAAUGGAUUAAAUCUGGUGAUGAUUUGCCAGAAUAUAAAAAAAAAUUUUUUGAUUGUGCUGUUUUGUUUAUCAGACUUAAAAUAAAAAUAAUACCCCCUUCCCCCCAAAAAAAGAAAUUCUGAUGAAUUGAACAUGAUACUAGUAAAAAUAUCAUUCCACUUCAAUAUUGUGCAUAUUACAUCAGAAUAAUGUCUCGUCAUGUUACUGAUGACUGGUCUCAUAAUAAAUCUUAAAACUGGUUAUGGUGACCAGGGGGGGGGGGGGGGUUGUUUCCUUGUAUAUGAAUACUGGGGCCCAUUAAAAAAACUUAGCAAUAACAGUUAUAAGCUACUGAAAUCAUUCAGUUUGAUUUGCUGAUAAUCAACUUGUAUAAGAAGUGUUUGUGAAACAGGACACUGGUUUCGCAUUGCAACAUGUAGGAGCAAUAGGUUCUAACCGACAAUUGUGUACGGAUGCUACGAUCUUUGAGACUUUAAAUUCUACUUUUCCCUCAUCUUUGAGUAUGGACGCAUUUAUUUUUGAUUGAAGUUAGUUUCUUUGCUCUUAUCCAUGCAAUCAUGAUUUGAUACAUUAUGAUGGGGAUCAUCACUGCCAGUAAUUUUUUUUUGUACAUCCUCAGAAUCUGACAUGAUUGAUAUUUUGUAUACCAGUGCCACUAAGCAUGUUUUUAACAUUGGUUACCAUUCUACUCUUAUUUUUGGUCUGUUUAUAUUUGUGUUGUCCAUAUGCUAUUCCUCUAUCCAUUUUCUGUUCCUUGUUUCUUUCUUCUUUCCAUUUCUUUUCUCCUCUUAAUGGUCUCUACUCCCCUUUCUUUCGCUAGUCUUUCGUCUUUAUUUUUUCUUUGCACUAUCUCCCCAUCUUUUAUUUCUCUUCUUUCUUUACACUUUCCCUUCAUCAACUUAUUUCCUUCUCUUGUGCAUUCCAUGUUCUUUCCUAUUUCAUUUCACAGUCAUUUCCUCUCUCUCUUUUAGAUAUAUGUUAAUAAGAGCCCAUUGGUGAUAUAUCACUGCAGGCUAGCACCCAAACAUCAUUCAGUUUCAGUUACUCUCAAGGUGUGUUAUGUCGGACAUACCUUUGUUACAAAUUUAUGAGAAAUUUAUGUUGAAGGAUGCAAUGUGAUCAUAAAUGUAUAUUGUUUUGUGUUUCUUUGCUUGUAUUUCAUGAGAACAACUUUAUUUUAAUGAUCCUCUGAUGCAAACUAAAUCUGAUCACGUCUAAAAUGAUGAAUUCUAUGUAUAAAACAUUCUGGAGUUCUGGGGAUGGUUUCACAAAGUGUUAGUAUUGAUUAGAAUUCAUGCUUAUGUACCAACGAACACAUGAUGUUCAUCACACAGUGUAUGAACAAACCAUAGCCCAUGUUCUCUGACCAAUGUGGUGACAUGUUAUAAUACCACACACUAAUCAGAAUUUAAGAGUGAUUUUUAGUCCAAGUUAAAUCUUUGUGAAACACCCCCCCCCCCCCACAUUUGUGUGUAAUGGUGCUGAACUCUAUUAUUUUUCAGACUGCAUGUUGUAACUGUAAUAUUUUCAUUUUAGCGCACUGUCACUCCAUUGUCCACAUAUGUUUAUGAUACUGUGAAUUAAAUGCAUUUUGUACGAAUUGAUUAAUUUUAAAUGUUAAUUAAUUGACAUAUAAUAAUGAGCCAUGCUGAUUGUGGCAUCAAAACGAGUAUUAAGUGCAUAACGUGGCUGCAUUUCACUAAGAUCAAUUAAGUACAGGCGUGGAUCCUACAGGAUUAAACACAAUAGUAUUUUAGGGUCCAUAUUGUUUUUGCACUGUAGUCGGACUCUCAAAACUAUAUUUUUUUUAUCUGGCUGGAUCGGUGCCUGGUUAAGUCACAUGCAUUUCAAGUUUGCCCUAUAUUUUGCAAUAACAUGUAAAAUAUCUAAAGAAUAUUAAAUUGUCUUCACUUGAAAUAAUGAAUGAAAUGAUUGCAAAAAUAUAUAUGAUUAGUCAGAUCACUGGACGUGUUUCAAACGUGUAAAGCAAGAUAUCAAUCAGAACAAUUUUCUUUGUACCACUCCUCUGAUAUUACUUGACUGAGUGUAAAAGCUUAAACUCUUUAAAAAUAAUUCCACAGUACAUGUCAAUAUAUUUGCAUGAUUUUAUUUUUCACUAGUGUUUUCAGUCCAUCAUUAGACCAAGUUUCCAUCUCUACUUUAGCCAUUGCUCUGCACACCAGGGUUUCAAUAAAAGUCACUCUAUUAUGGUAACUGCUAUGGUACACUUAUUUUUAAUUAGGGCCCUAUUGCUUUUGGUAGUAACCGGAAUUGUAGUCACUGUAAAGUUACCAGAAUUGCACAAUUACGUCAUAAUUACCACAUUUGCAAUGUAAGCCAGAAUUGUCAGUGUGAUAUU